UUCAGCUAUCGUACAUUGAAGAGAAUUGUUUAAAUUUCUUUAAUAUUUUUUUGAAACAAUAUUAAUUUGUUUUUUAUUUGUGAGAUCAAGUCAGUCUCAGUGAAAUGUCAAAAUUCAAGUGUUUGAAUUUUUUUUCUUAUCAUGUUUCGAUUGCUACUUGCAUGGCUGUUUUAAUUUUAAUAAUUGCUGGAAGUUAUGUGGCCGCUGAUGAAGUGCCAGCAUUUUUUCUUAAAAUUGCAAAAAAUAUGCCACGUGUUGGAAGAAGUGAUGAUAAAUUGAAUGAAUAUUUCUUGAAAACUGCUAAGUAUCCUACGAGAGUUAGUAGACGUGACACAUAUUCUCCAACUAACAAAGAAGCAGGACCCAACGGGAGCAGAGAAAAUUAUAAUGAAAUUCACAAACGGAUGAUUAACUACAAAUCUCCAGAAAGUUCAGAGACAAGUGCUUGGGGAAAUUUUCCACUUGCUAUUGAAGGGCCACCAGAGCUGUGGCGUACUCUUGCAUCUUAUACAAACGAUAGAUAUGGCAGCUUACCAGAUGAUAUUGAUAAUGAAAUCUGGCGAAGAGACAAAAGAAUGAGUAUGAAUUCAAACCAGAUGGCAGAGCCUUGAAUGGAGGAUUAAAAGCAACUUUAUCAAAAUUUAAAUUAAAAAUAAAUAGUAUUAAGGUGUCGGGAAAUAUGUAUUGUUAUUAAAAAUAAAAAUUGAUAAAAUAUAUUGACAGUUUUGUCGAUAUUAGUAAAAUUAUAUAAUAAAUAAUUCGCAAAAUAAAAUAAUAAAAAAAAUUUUGAUUAUUCAGAUUUAUAAAAGUGUUGAAAGAGAUCAGGAUACUUAAUAUUUUAUUUUUAUCUUUGAAAUCUGUUAUUAUUGAAAUGUAUUAUUGUUUUCAAAUAAAAUUUGAUUAUUCGUAUAAUGCGAUGAAAUAAGUUUAAGAAAAGAAGGUUAAAAAAAAUAGAAACAAUUGCUUUUUAAGCGGCUCUUGAGGCUCUUUAUAUUUAUCUAAAGAACUGCGCGUGAGCGAAUUGAUAAUCUAACGUGUUUCUAGGUGUUAAACAUCGUGGUCGGUUUACACAAGGCUUUGCCAGAAUGGGAGAAGGUUGCACCCUCGGGUUGUCACGGCGCAAAAUUAUACAAGCAUCAUGUAGCCAAAGUGUAUGGGUGGAGAGAAUUGAGCUUUUCCUUGGCGCCAAUUCGUUCGCGCGCAAACGAAAUAAAGACAGAGGUAAAAUAUUAUACGAACGUGGAAGUCGUUAUGAUAAUAAUGGGGAACAAUGCCAAAGGGCCUCAUGAACUUAAAGUAUACCCACAAUGUGA